UUGUGCUUUGCCUCCCACUUCUCUUGGGACUUGUGAAAAUUGUCUCGUUGGCUUAUCGAGUAGGAAUUAUUGUAACACUAGUAAGACUACAUGUCAACCAUGGACACGUAUUAGUUAUACUUUGUGAAGGUGGAACAGGCAAGUGGUUUGGCUAUUGUUUUAGAUAUCGGCAAGUAUUUUGCGAGUAUUGCUUAUAGUAUAGGACUUUCGGAUCUACAAGUGGCCAUCGGCGACAUCAGUAAGUGUGAAUGUCGGACUUGUUUCAUCUGUCGCUUCAGCAUCCUCACAAUAGGUAGUGUUCACCAGGCCCCACCAUGCUGAGUUUCCUCCGCCGGACGCUGGGUCGGCAGUCCAUCCGUAAGCAUGCUGACAAGGCCCGGUUGAGAGAGGCCCAGCGGGCCACCACACACAUCCCUGCUGCCGGGGACUCCAAGUCUGUCAUCACCUGCUGUGUGUCAAUGCUGGACGGCACAGACGUCAGUGUGGACCUAGCGAAAAAAGCCAAGGGUGAGGAGCUGUUUGACCAGGUCAUGUACCAUCUGGACAUCGUAGAGAAGGACUACUUCGGACUACGCUUCAUGGACUCUGCACAAGUACCGCAUUGGCUUGACAUUACAAAAAGCAUUAAAAAACAAGUCAAAAUCGGACCUCCAUACUGCCUUCACAUGAGAGUUAAGUUCUACUCCUCAGAACCCAACAACCUGCACGAGGAGUUGACCAGAUAUCUAUUUGUAUUACAACUAAAGCAAGACCUCCUCAGUGGCAGGUUAGAAUGCCCUUUGGACACAGCAGUGGAACUGGCAGCCUUCUCGUUGCAAGCUGAGCUGGGAGACUGUGACCCUGCGGAGCAUGCUCUGGACAUGGUGUCUGAGUUCCGCUUCAUGCCAGAGCAGACGGAGGCCAUGGAGCUGGCCAUCUUCAACACCUGGAAGGAGUGCAGAGGCCAGAUGCCAUCGCAGGCAGAGAUUAACUACCUGAACAAAGCCAAGUGGCUGGAGAUGUAUGGUGUGGACAUGCACAUGGUCAAGGCUCGAGAUGGUAAUGAAUACCAGUUAGGACUGACUCCCACUGGAGUGCUGGUGUUUGAGGGAGAGACCAAGAUAGGCCUGUUCUUCUGGCCCAAGAUCACCCGUCUAGACUUUAAGAAGAGCAAGCUGACCCUGGUGGUGGUGGAGGAGGAUGGAGAAGAGGCUCAGGAGACAGAAGAGGGCAAAGAGCAGCAGCACACGUUUGUGUUCCGUAUGGACCACCCCAAGGCUUGUAAGCACCUGUGGAAGUGUGCUGUGGAACACCAUGCUUUCUUCCGGCUCCGCGGCCCCGUCCAGAAGGGCUCAGCGCGCUCUGGGUUCAUCCGCAUGGGGUCACGCUUCCGCUACAGUGGGAAGACUGAGUACCAGACCACCAAGGGCAACAAAGCCAGGAGGUCAGCAUCGUUUGAGAGGAGGCCCAGCCGACGCUAUUCCAGGAGGACCAUGAUGAACCGGGGAGCCAACAAACCCCAGGAUCACAACAACGGAAUGAGCCCCAACACAGAUGCCAAGCCCCUCUACAUCAGAAGCCCCUGGUCCCUGCCCGUGGUCAGCCCUGCAUCCUCAGGCUCCACCAGCAGACCUAUGAAAAUCGAAACCCUCCCCAGGAGUCCUGGCGGUGGCCAAUCGGAGAAGAGGAGCAUGGCCUUGCCACUCGUAGCCGAUCUGCUGGAGACAUGUGUUAAUGACGUCACCCAUACACCCGUUCCCAUGGCGACCGCAGGCCUGUCUGAGGAGGCGGGGCUAAGCAUGGCUGCCUCCGCCUCCAGCGUCACAGGGGAGGAGAAAGUGUCUCUUGCCGAGGCGGCAGCGCGGCUGAAGCAGCUGGAACUACACGGUCUCUCGCUCCCUGUCCCUUCAAGAGCCAACCUCAACAUGAACAACCAGGAGGAUGUGGUGAAGCUCACAGAGGAGUGCCUGAACAGUGUGGCUAGCAGCUCUGUGCCUUCUCCACUUCGCCCCCCAGAGGACCUGAAGAGGAACAUUAUCAAAGCCCAGGCACAGGCUGCCCUCAAGAGCUCCCUGGAGGAGCACGUUGUGAUGGGGGACAAGAACACCAAUGUACAGGAAGCUGCAGCCAGGCUGAAGGUGCGUAGUGGCCGUAUGGGCAGCAACUCCUCCCUGUCUCUAACUGCAUGUCCCGAGAGACAGGAGUCAAGGGACCUCCUCAAACCCACACUGCUGGCCAGUGUUGAGAUGUUGGCUGUGGAUCUCAUGCAAUCAGCACCUAUGAUGCCCCUUGAAAUACUUAACGGAGGGCAACCAACAAAGGCCGAACCUGAGGAGCUGAAGAUGCCCACCCCUCCGCCACUGAGCAGUAACCUGAUAGACUUCUCAGACCCAACCCCAGUAUUACCGCCAUCAUCAAUGCAAUCCAAGCCCAUGAUAUCACCUCGCUGGAUCAUCCCUGCUGCUGCACCACUCGCUGCCAUCUUUACUAACGGCCUCUUUGACCUUGACCCCUCUGCAAAGACCGCCGCCCCUCUCCAACCUGAAGGGGGGGCUCUCACCCCAGCCCUGCACCCCCAUCUCUCCUCUCAAAUGCACAAUGUGAUUGACACCAGCAUUGUGGCCCAGCCACCCAAAGAGCACAGCACCAAGCACAAAGGUCUGUUGACCACUGAGCUCUGAGUGGGAACCAGGGAGGGAGCUAGCUUCUACCCUCCUCACAACGAAUACUUCCUACUCCUGGUGUUUCCAAACUAGGGGACUACUUCCUACCCUGAGCACAUUCAUCUCCUACUGCAUUCCCAAACCUGGGGGAAGUUCCUGCCCUAGUGACAACCAGUAUAUCCUACUGCAUUCCCAAACAAUUCCCAAACCAGCAGCAAUCAAGAGAUUAGAAUUCUUCGUCUCACUAUAUUCCAGUUUGGAGCAGUGUUUUUAUUUUAGUACCACAGUUGGUUCACUGCUUCUUGUCAUAAGCAUUCCUACAAAGUGCACCGACUCCCUUUUAGAAAUGUUUAAAGUUGGAAGGGACUGCAAUAAGUGCUAAGGAAGAGGACAUCUGUUCCUCAAGCCACUGAAUUACAUUGGAGCACCUGGACUUGGACUCUGAGAAGAUAUGAAACACUGGAGCACCUGGACCUGGACUCUGAGAAGAUAUGAAACAAUGACUUUCUACUGAUGUUUUUUUUGUCCUGUUUUUUAAUUUUUUUAAAUUUAAAGUCAUACAGAGUGAAUCAAUCAAGUACCAGUGUUCAGUUAGGACCUGGUGCUCACUAGACGUUUCUGAAUCUGAUUUAAGACUCAGUUAUCAGAGACAACAGCAAUAUGUAGAAUGCAGGCAUGAAUUUAGCCACAUCUAAAAUGUUAUUCCUAUUUUGUCUCCAUAUAAAAACGCUGUAGCUACAACCUGCCUUAAGCUAACAGAAUGUUAAAUUAUGAUCGCAUAACUUUACACAGUAAGGAAAUACUACCACUACUAGUACUAAUACUACCACUAUUACUACUGCAUCUAGGCCUAUACUGUACUUUAGUUUUUCAUCUUACUGAGUCCACUGCUUACGACUGGAGUGUCUGUGUGUGAUGGUAAUAUCUAAUCAUGUAGUCUUGACACUGUUUCUGGCUGUGGUCAUCAAUGACAGGUGACAUGACUCAUAGGCUGACAGAGGAAAUAGGUCUAUCACAAACUGUCUCUCCAUUGGUUCUUUUCCACACUAAGCGAAUCACAUACAGGAUCUCUGGUGGUAGGAAGUUGUCAGUCAACUGUAUUAUUCACUAAUGUAAGAUGUAAUUAAAUGUAUUUUAGAUAUCAGAUGGGCGGUAGAUCAGAAGUAGGUAUUUGCGAGACGAUGUGCAGUAGAGGUAAAAGCAGAAGACAUUUUCAAAUACAGUUAAUUUGAACAAGUGAUCUGUGAACAACACCCAUCUCAACGGAAAGACGUAAAACACAUCACGUUUAGUUUUCUAACUUAAAAUAGCCACUCUGAUAAGAUGUGAAGUGGUCUCUCUCUGUGUCAUGAAUAUAAACUCAGCAAAAAAAGAAACGUUCUCUCACUGUCAGCUGCAUUUAUUGUCAGAAAACUUAACAUGUGUAAAUAUUUGUAUGAACAUAACAAGAUUCAACA